AUGUUUUCAUUCAUUCUUUUUAAUUCAUACCUUUCUUUCUUUCUUUCUUUCUUUCUCCUCGUUCUCUUUUUCCUUUAUUUUACUUUUUUCCUUCUCUAUGUCUUUUAUUUAUUCAUUCAUUCAUUGUUCUUUUUAUCUUCAUGUUUUCAUUCAUUCUUCUUAAUUCAUACCUUUCUUUCUUUCUUUCUUUCUUUCUUUCUUUCUCCUCGUUCUCUUUUUCCUUUAUUUUACUUUUUUCCUUCUCUAUGUCUUUUAUUUAUUCAUUCAUUCAUUGUUCUUUUUAUCUUCAUGUUUUCAUUCAUUCUUCUUAAUUCAUACCUUUCUUUCUUUCUUUCUUUCUUUCUUUCUUUCUUUCUCCUCGUUCUCUUUUUCCUUUAUUUUACUUUUUUCCUUCUCUAUGUCUUUUAUUUAUUCAUUCAUUCAUUGUUCUUUUUAUCUUCAUGUUUUCAUUCAUUCUUUUUAAUUCAUACCUUUCUUUCUUUCUUUCUUUCUUUCUUUCUUUCUUUCUUUCUUUCUUUCUUUCUCCUCGUUUUUUUUCCUUUAUUUUCCUUUUUCCUUCUCUAUGUCUUUUAUUUAUUCAUUCAUUCAUUGUUCUUUUUUAUCUUCAUGUUUUCAUUCAUUCUUCUUAAUUCAUACCUUUCUUUUCUUUCUUUCUUUCUUUCUUUUUCUUUCUUUCUCCUCGUUCUCUUUUUUUUUCUUUAUUUUCCUUUUUUUUCCUUCUCUAUGUCUUUUAUUUAUUCAUUCAUUCAUUGUUCUUUUUAUCUUCAUGUUUUCAUUCAUUCUUCUUAA